AUGAAUUUUACUUCUGUAAAGUAGUUGUUGCUAGAUCAUAAAAAUAUUUAAAUUUUAAAUUAAAGCGAGAAUGAUAUUCUAAGAGAGGAUGAUAUUUUGAAUGUGGAAGACCAAAAUAAGAAUCAGUUUUGUUUAUAUGUAAACAAUAUAUUUGAUGUUGAUAAUGAUAUAAAAAAUAAAAAAUUAAGUUCCUGUAAUCUUAAAGUUUAGUCUAUAAAGAAAUGCAAUCAUCCAAACAUAAUAAAGAUUAUUGAUCAUUUUAUUAUUGAAAAUCAUUUUUUUAUCUUAUUGGAAAAAUGCUAAAAUAAUUUAAAAUAAUGGAUUUAAGAUAGCUUCCCUGAAGAGAUAAAUGAUCAAAUCUUUUCAAAUAUUUCAUUACAAAUUUUAAAAGGAGUAUAGUAUCUCCAUAGUAACCAAAUGUACCUAAGUAACGUUUCAUUAAAGUCAAUUAGACUAGAUAGUAAUAAUGUGAUUAAAAUAUGGAGCUUUUAGGAAUUAGACUCAGAUUUUUAAAAUAUUUAACCAAAAUAAUUUUCUAUUGAGGAUAAAUACCUUCUUAACCUACCAACAUAGACAAUAAACACUUUAAGCAAACAGAAUGAUCUAUCAGAUUCUUAAUAAUAAGCAAGCGUAAAUAUUUUAGUUGAUAUGCACUAUAUUUGUUUAUGGAUUUAUCAACUGUCUGGCGCUAAUAAAGAUUAAUUGUAUGCUUAUGCAAAACAAAAAAGAAUACAACCAUAAUCAAAAAUAUCUUUUUAUAGUAAUAUUAUAAUGUAGAAAUUAGCUACACUUUAGGAAACAAAUAUGCCAACAACAGACUAAGCAAUUAAAUUAUUUGAAUAAAUAGAAAAACAUAUAAAUUAUUGUGAAAACAAAAUGGAAGUAGAAGAAGAAGAUUAAUAAGAGCAAAUUUUGUUAGACUUAGUAAUUUAAUAAUUCGAAAAUGAAUCUUACUAGAAAUGCAUUGAUUUACUUAGAGAUUUAAUAUUAAAAAACCCUAGAAAAGAUUUGUAUUUAGCUUGGAUGGGUAGAGUUUACAAUGCAAAAUUGGAUUUUAAAUAAUCAACUUAUUGGAAUGAAUAAGCAAUUAAAUUGAAUCAAUUUUGUGAGCUUGCUUAUUAUAAUUUAGGGAAUUCGUAGAAAAAUACUAACUAAUACGAAAAAGCAAUAUUUUACUAUAAAAAAGUUUUAGAAAUCAAUUAAAAUAAUGAUCAAGCUUAUAAUAAUCUUGGAGUAGUUUUUAAUUUCUAAAAAAAGCGCCAUUAAGAAAUAAAAGCUUUUACUUAAGCUUUAAAAAUAUAACCAUUAGAUAAUGAUUAUCUAUAUAACAAAUCAAGGAGUAAAUAUAUGCUUUAAAAAUUUGAAACUUCUCUCAGAUUACUCAAUAAACUCUUAAGUAUGUAUCCUAAUGAUUACUAAGGGCAAGUAUAUUUAAAGUAAUGUAAAAAAAGUAUAUGA